UUAACGAAGAAAUCCCGGCAAUCGAUCAUGGCUUUGGUACAAGUAGCAGCGUGCCAAGUAUGCCUAGAUCUCCGCAAGACAUACUCCCUUGGGUACUACAUGAAAUCAGCUUUCCGAGAGAUCCGAAGGAGGACAAGGAUCCGCACAAAGUUCAGUUAUCCAUAGAUGUUAGGCCGAAUGGCAUUAUCUUGGAAUUUGUGCAACGACUGUUUGAGGAUCCAAGAUUAGUGAAGCCGACGAGUGUUAGUGCAGUGCCACAGGAGGAUGAAAACACCACAGCACAUGAUUCUGGCAUUGGCACUGGCAGUGGCUUACCAAGUAUGCUUGAUAUUCAAGAAGAACAAGCCCGGCCUACUGUCAGCAACUUCAGGCACUACAAAGAAAACCAGGACCCUAACAAUGUUGAAUCUUCUAAGCCUGUUAGGUCGAAGAAGACAAAACGAGAAUCGGCGCAACCAUCAGCAAAAGAAGAGCAAAAACUUAGCAGUCAAUUCUGAUGAUUGUUCGAGAAGCAGCCAUCCGAAUAUAUACAAAGGCCUUGUUAUGACUACUAGAAAAAGAUGAGUAUUCUUCUCUAAAUUGUUUCAAUUUAUUCUUAUGAAAUUAAAAUAAUGAUUUGUUUCAUCUUUUCCAGCGGACCAUGGCAACGCUAACCAGCUAAAUGACAUUUGGACAUUAUAUUGGUCAUUUUCUACAGUUUUAGUUUGAAGACAACACAGUGACAAAAAAGAUAAGAAUAGCUUUAUUAUUAGCUAGGAUAAAAUAACUCUUUUUAUAUUUUUAUGAAGAAUACACGAAAUACCUCUUUAUUGUUUAUAGGCGAGAAAAGCUGUACCGAGCACUAUUGGUAUAUGUGCUCUAUAUCAUAUAAAUGCCAAGCAUUAAGGUCUACAUAUUCGAAAAACUUGGAACUUGGUCCCAAAGGAUUUGGCAAGUAGUAAUGUGCUGCGCCGUAAGAUUACAAGCGAACGGAUAGACCAAAUAAGCUCAAUUUCAGGAUGUUGUUCAAGAGAACAUUGGUUAUGGUACGAAUAGAGGGAUUUAAAUUAAAAUAUGUUAAAAGUUACAUGAAUAAUAUGCUAAAAUGUAUAAAACAUCAAUUAGAAAAUCAGUAAGAUGCUUAUAAAAAUGUUUGUACGUAUUUUAAAUUAAAAUAAAUAUUUUAAAACCAAAA